AGUCCACAAAGCAAACAGAGCAAGCAGCGAGAGCUUACACCCAGGCCUGGUGGGAGCGUUGAAGCCUCAGCUAGAUUCUGAACGCGACGCCAGACUUCACAGCGUUAGGAAGGGCCUCUGCUACCUUCUGCUUGGGGAUCAUCCACCUCUCCAAAGAGCUGAACUCGGCAGUCUGCCAUUUGGGCAGAACGCGGUUAUGUUCAACUGCCCGCUCCCUGCUCCAGCCCUCCAAGUUACAUAAUGUGGCGCGGUUGAAAAGACCUGUAAUACCAUUUGGUAGCAGGAAGCCGAUUUCUGACUGCUUAUGGCUGCUGGGUGGGGCUAGGGCUGGGGUCAGGGAACUGGGCAAAAUGUGGGAAGGGUUUAAAGAAAGCAAGGGGGCUGGCAGAUGGAGAGAGCAGGAAGGCUCCAAUGGCCAAGGCUUGGGGAUAAAAAUGAUUGGUGUGUCAGCAAAAUCUGUCAUUGGCUUUGGCGAUUCGAAAGGCAGACACGUUCUCUCAUCUCUGCUAAUCCUCAUCUGAUACAGAGGCUUUUCCAGCCACUUUAUCUCGAGGAAGAAAAAUAAGCGGUCAAACCUACGCUGCUCUUUGCCCUCCCCCUUCCCGGGUGUUUCCGCCCCCCCCCCCCCCGCCCCGCUCCAGUUUUUAUUUCUUAUUGCACCAUUUUGGAGAUGGAGGGGCUGGGGUCGCUGUGGGCGGCCUCCCAGCGUGGUAGGGAUCCUACAGCUGAGUGGCUCUAAGGAAGGCCAAGGGAUGCUGAUCCUGCUUCUUCAUGCGGUGGUCUUCAGCCUGCCCUGCACCCAGGCCACUGAGGCCUGCCUGCGGGCCUGCCCUGCGGCCUGCACCUGUAGCAGCGUGGAGCGCGGCUGCUCGGUGCGCUGCGACCGAGCGGGCCUUCAGCGGGUGCCCGGCGAGUUUCCGUGCGAGGCAGCCUCCAUCGACCUGGACCGGAACGGCCUGCGCAUCCUGAGCGAGCGGGCCUUCGGGACGCUGCCGUCGCUGCGCCGCCUGUCACUGUGCCACAACAACCUGUCCUUCAUCACCCCCGGCGCCUUCAAGGGCCUGCCCCGGCUGGCCGAGCUGCGCCUGGCCCACAACGGCGAGCUGCGCUACCUGCACGCAAGGACCUUCGCGGCGCUCGGCCGCCUGCGCCGCCUGGACCUGGCGGCCUGCCGCCUCUUCAGCGUGCCUGAGCGUCUCCUGGCCGAGCUGCCGGCCCUGCGCGAGCUCACCGCCUUCGACAACCUCUUCCGCCGCGUGCCCGCGACGCUCCAGGGCUUGGCGAACCUGACGCACGCGCACUUGGAGCGCAGCCGCAUCGAGGCCGUGGCCUCCAGCUCUUUGCGGGGCCUGAGGCGCCUGCGCUCGCUCAGCCUGCAGGCCAACCGAGUGCGCGCGGUGCACGCCGGGGCCUUUGGGGACUGCGACGCCCUGGAGCAUCUGCUGCUCAACGACAACCUGCUGGCUGCCUUGCCCGCCGCUGCCUUCCUCGGCCUGCGCCGCCUGCGCACGCUCAACCUGGGCGGCAACGCACUGGGGAGCGUGGCGCGGGCCUGGUUCUCCGACCUGGCGGAGCUCGAGCUGCUCUACCUGGACCGCAACAGCAUCACCUUCGUGGAGGAAGGGGCCUUCCAGAACCUUUCGGGCCUCCUGGCCCUGCAUCUCAAUGGCAACCGCCUCACCAUGCUCUCCUGGGCCGUUUUCCAGCCCGGCUUCUUCCUGGGCCGCCUCUUCCUCUUCCGGAACCCUUGGCGCUGUGACUGCCACCUGGAGUGGCUGCGUGAUUGGAUGGAGGGCUCCGGGAGGGUGGCUGAUGUAGUCUGCUCCUCCCCUGGUUCUGUGGCCGGCCAGGACCUCAGUCAGGUGGUCUUUGAACGCUCCUCUGAUGGCCUGUGUGUGGACCCCGAGGAGCUCAACUUCACCGCGUCUAGUCCAGGCCCGAGUCCGGAGCCCGUGGCCACCACUGUGAGUAGGUUCAGCAGCCUCCUUUCCAAGCUGCUGGCCCCAAGGCUCCCUGUGGAGGAGGUAGCCAACACCACCUGGGAGCUGGUCAACAUCUCGCUCAAUGACAGCCUUCCCUCCCGGGGAGUGCUCGUCUUGGGCUGCAAGGCCACGUUUCUCUUCACCUCUUGCCUCUUGCUCAGCCUGGCCCAGUAUGUGCUGUUGAGCCUGCAGCGGGACUGACUGCCACCCUGAAGUGACCCCAAAACCACUCUGACCCAAAGGAGACGGUUUGCUUGGCUGCGACUAGUAGUGUCUGUAGUGAGGAGUGAGGGAAUAUGAUUGGGUUGGUGAUAAACGUUCUUGUUGAGGAGGAAGAAACAGUUUGUCUCCAAAGAUUACCCUAGGCAGAGGAGAACUCUGGGAAAUGCCGCUGAAAUAGGUAUAGAUUUCCGCUUUUCUCACGUGGGCAUCCUUUGAGAAAGAGAAGAAUAAACAUGGUGAGUAGACGAGAAGUAGAAGUUUCUGGGACUCCUACCCUCUCAUCUCCACAAGGCCUAAAUUAAAGCGGCCCUCGAUUGGCUAAGUACCAAGGACUAUGUCAGCUCUCCUGCCCCAGUAGCCCAUAAAACCCAAUCCCUGUCUUUUCUAACACUUCUUCCUCCCUCUACCCCCAGGGGCUUGGGGACAACAAGAUUCAGGAAGGUGGACUGGACAUUAGAGAAGGGGUGUGGGGAAGAGACUUAGAUUCAAGGUGCUUGCUGGGGUCUGAGGUGUAUGACAAGAGGCAUUUAAAACAAAGAUUCAUUUCUUUUAUGCCACAAUUGAUCCCUUAGUAUACACACUGUCAGACCUCUAUCAAGGUGUGUUUGUGGACCAUAUUUAUAAAAUGCUAAAAUUAAAGUUAAACCAGUUGCUCUAAUGUAAGACUUUUCAGAGUCUUUCAAAUGCUAAUUGUGAACUUCCAAUGUGUUGUGAACGUCCUUUAUUUUAUUUUUUAUUUUAGCAUUUCUUUUUGUGGGAAGAGGGUCCCUUCCCACCAAUGCUUUGUUAACAUCUCCAGCUGGAGUGAUCCCAUUAGGUACGGAAAUCAUUAUGAGAGGCUUUACUAAAGACUAAUGGCCAAGAGGGGGAAAAAAGCAGUAAGGACCUGGGAAGGGGGACUUGGAUUCCUCAGGGCACGAGUUAGCUAACUACUGACUCCUACAGUGAAUGUUCAGGGGCCGAGUGUGAGGGUACAGAUGUGAAGUCCCACCCAAGUCCCCCGACAUACCAGCUUUUCCCAGGAUGAUGUGGAAAAGAGCAGAGGUUGACUGUUUUGCCAGCUUCAGAAUCAGCAGCUCUUUGGGUCCUGGCCACGAGGGUAAGCUUUGCAGGUUGCCUCCUAAAUGUUGGCCUAUGGGUUAUGGGUCAGUGGUAGAGUGCUUGCCUCAUAUGGGUGAGGCCCUGGCUUCUAUACUCAUCACCGAAAAAACAAAACAAAAUAAACCAAACCUGGUCAGUCACCCUCCCAUCUACAGUUGGCAGUAGAACCAGCAUGAGCUGAUCGCAGAAGGUGCAGGUGCCCAGUGGGCCAUCAGGUGAUCAGGUCAAUAAAUGUGCCAUGUGUCCGCUAAAUAGAUGCUCUGGUUAGCCCUCACGCUGUGAGCAGUGGUAGCUGUUUUGUCAAAGUCCUGGAAAAGUACAGUCUUAAAGGGCUGUGUUCCUUUCUUUGUGUACAGAGAGGUGAGUUUCCAGUAUCCACACAGAUUAGGGUGUGCCAAGCUGUCAAUGGCAACGUACUUUUUCUUUUCUUUUUUUCUUAAUUUUUUUCAUUCUUUGAUAACCUCAUACAUGUUUGCCUGAGGCAGCGUCUCACUAUGUAGCUGGCCUUGAACUCGUGACCCUACACACUCAGCCUCCCCAUUUGCUGAAAUUACAACUAUUGUAAGUGGUGUAUACACAUACACACACACACACACACACACACACACACACGCAGAGAGAGAGAGAGAGAGAGAGAAGAAAUCUUUAAACGCAAACACAAGGCAUGAGGAGUUUGGGGAUGUAGCUUAGUGAUGUGAUAGUCUGUACCAUGUGUUCCUGUGUUCCUGCUUUCCAUCCCCCAGCACAGCAGUGCACAAAAGAACCCCAAACCCUACGUUAACAAAAGCAUAAUAGACUAGGAAACUCGCAAGGUGUCACAUUUGAAUUAAGAGUAAGCAUUGUGUUGUGAAACCUGUAAUUUGCAUGUGCUUGUUCAAAUCAUGUAUAUUUGUGUUGCUAUAAUUUCUAUUUUAUGGUGGGGUUAUACUUUAAAAACAUGAAAGCUGCUGGUCUGGAGCAAGCAUUUUGUUUUUGUUUUUUAACUUUUAAAAUUACAUAUUGGGGAGACACUCUCACGCCAUGGCAUGACACAGGUGGAGGUCAGAAGACGGCUGUGGAAGUCUGUUCUCUCUCUUCUUCAUCCAUGUGGGUCCCCAGGGGAUUGAACGUACAUGAGCAGGCUUGAUGGCAAGCGUCCUUACCUGCUGAGCCAUCUCCCUGGCCCUUGAGCAUGAAAGCUUUUAAGCAGACAGUUCUCUUUUGGGCUGGAGAGAUGGCUGAGCAGCUAAGAGCGCUUGCUGUGCAAGCAUGAGGCCCUAAGGUCAAAUCCUCAGAACCCAGGUAAAAAUGCCGGUCAUGGUAAACGAGCAUGUUUAGAAUCCCAGCGCUGUUAAGGGGAUGGGGACAAGAGGAUUACUGGAACUUGCUGGUGUUCAGUGGAGACCCUGCCUCAAGCAAGGGAAUAAGGCAGAGUAUGAUAAAACCGAACACUAGUGUUCCCCUCUCUGGCCUCAUGCAUGCAUGGGUGAACGCAUGUGAGCAAGCACGCCACCAUCCCCAACAUGCAAACAAAUUAUACCUAUAGGAAAACUGCAAGAAUAGUAAAAGGAAUAUUUUGGCCAUUCACCUAAGUUUUCCAAUUGUUAAGCUGUUGGCCAUAUUUUCUUUCUUUCUCUCUUCCUAUUGUAUUAUUUCUUAUGAAUAGUUUGAAUUGCAAGCAUGACUAAAUACCUUAGUGUGUAUUUCCAAAGAACGAAGCUAUUCUAUCAAGAGCAUCCAAAAAUCAGGAUAUCUAUAACUGAUAAAAUACUAUUAUUUAACAUUUACUCUUUGGGGGCUGGAGGUAGAGUACAUACAUAACACAAACAAAGCCUUUGAUCCCUCACACUGCGUAAACCAGGCCUGAGCUAGGCGUGGUGGCUCACUCCUGUAAUCCCAGCACUCAGGGAGGCAGAGGCAGGCAGAUCUCUGUGAGUUCGAGGCCAGCCUGAUCUACAAAGCAAGUCCAGGACAGCCAAGGCUGUUACGAUAUAUUUAAAAAUGCCACACGCUCAAAACAGAUCUGGAUGAAGAGAUUUAUUUGGGGGAGGGAAAAAGGACGAGAGUUAGAGGAGAGGAGAAAGAAUAGCAUGGUGGGGAGUUCCCCUGAGAGAGAAAAGUCCGAGAAGAGGGAAGGGGAAAGAAACCCAAACAUAGAGCACGUGGGAGUGGCAGACAGGUUAUAUCUGGAGCACCCGCCCCAGGUGAUGACAUAGGACACAGGUGGUAACUUAGGACCCUAAAGCCCCCUGCAGGCAGGCCAGUUGAAUUGCCUUCAUAAGGUAACAAAGGUUACACAGAGAAACCCUGUCUUGAAAAACCAAAAUGAAUGAAUGAAUAAAUGAAUGCAUACAUACAAAAACAAACCAGGCAUGGUAGCAUAUAUGACUGUAAGUACUCCCAGCACUGGGGAGGUGGAGGCAGGAAGGUUAGAAGUUCAAUGUGAUGCUCAGCUGUAUAGCCAGUUCUGAGCUACAUGAGAACUUGUCAAAAAAAUACAAACAAAACCACUCUGGUCUGGAAGCAUGGCCUAGUGGUAAAACAAUUGCCCGGCAUAUAUAAGACACAUAGUAUCUUCUCUAGAACCAGACACAAAAUUUUAAAAUUAAAAAAAAAAAAAUAAACCAAAACAAACAAACCUGUGUUGAGAUGUCAACAACCGUGAAAUUAUUAUUAUUUUUUUAAAGUAGCCAUUUUCCUAGCGGUAGAAAAUCAGAUUCCUCAAUCUUGACCUGUCUUCAUUUUGGUCACAAUACUCAUAACUCUAAACCAUUUAGUUGACUUUAAUGUUUCAGAGUGAACUGGUUCUUUCAGCGUCCUACUUGCCGAAUGUGAGAAUCUGAUGGGGUCAGAAAUGUUAUUUGCUCAACUGUGCAUUGUGGCCGUGGAAACUGAAUGAAGAGCAGUAGAGUCCAGGAAGGCAGGUCUCUGUGUUUGGGUAACCAUGGAAGUCCACAGUGGACACACAGCCUGGGUUACUGAGAAACAAGGUGUUGCCUUGGGAGUAAUGUCCUUUUUCAUUUGGAAUGGGUUCAGGUGUUAGCCUUAGAGCUUUGCUCUAGUUCUGCCUAGUUUGGGUGGCCAGCUUGUAAAUGAAUAUUACUUGGAUGGAUUUUUGAACAAAUAUCAACGUUAAAAUAGCCUCCUGAGAGACAGAAUUUCGCAGGCAUGCCUACUCGGAUAGAAUUCUGGAAAUGUUGGAGCUACUUAUUGCCAAAUAGAUCCAGAGAUGCCUGAAUAGUAGCCCUUAUAAACUCUCAAGAGAUCAGGAAGUGACCUUUUCCUAUUAUGAAUUCAUUAAAGUCUCUCCUGUGGGGAGCAGGGGAAGCCCUAAGUGAAUGUGUAUUGUUUGACAUGUGCACAGCCAUGUUUAGGAUACCAAUGCCUCAGCCCCACAAGAGUGGCAAAGCUUCCCCAAGUGUGAGGCUCAGAGGGAUGGCAAUGCCUUCCCUGGAGGGCUAAUUGCAAAUGUUGGUUGUGUGUGCAGCAAAUGUCCACCAUAGCUUCCUCCUCUACCCAAAGACUAAUCCCCUACAGAGACUGCCCCUCCUGAGAUUAGCUAAACCUAUCCCCUUGAUCCAUCUGUCUACUGUAAAUCCUACCUCUUCAGCUGUAUCCAAUAACAUUCCUCUCUGUUCAACUCUAUAUAAUAAACAUGCCGACCUUUGGGGUGCUGAGGCUUGUCCAUCAGAGCUCAGUUCACCCAAUCGCUGA